AUGAAUCUUUCAAAUCAAGGACAAAAAAUUACUAAAAAUUAUAUUGAAUUAAAACAAAAACAUAAAGAAGAAAGUAUUUCAAUUGUUUUUGGAAGAUUAUUUUGUAAUUUAGGAGAAUAUGAUAAAUCAUUAAAAUAUUUUCAACAAUUAUUCAAUGAUUCAAAUAAUGAAGAUCGUGCUUGGAUUGAAUUUAAUAUUGGUCGUGUUCUUUCUUUUAAAUAUCAAUGGAAUGAAGCUCGAAUAUAUUAUGAUCAUGCAUAUAAUCGAAUGAUGAACAAUAAACCAUCACGAAUAAAAGAUUCUGCUCAUGUUCUCAAUAACAUUGCUUGUAUUUAUGUUAAUCAAGGAAAAUAUGAUCAAGCUCUUGAUUAUCAUCAACGAGCAUUAGAAAUUCGAGAGAAAUUUUAUCCAUCUAAAUAUAUCGAUAUUGCUCAAAGUCUGUACAAUAUUGGUUGUAUUCUCGAUCAGCAAGAAAAAUACAAUGAUGCUCUUGAUUAUUAUCAAGGAGCAUUGAAAAUUCAAGAGAAAGUUUAUUCAUCUGAUCAUGCCAAUAUUGCUAGAAGUCUCAGUAAUAUUGGUAUUAUUCUCUAUCAACAAGGAAAGUACGAGGUAGCUCUCAAUUAUCAUAAACGAGUAUUGAAAAUUCGAGAGAAAAUUUAUUCAUCUGGUCAUAUCGAUAUUUCUUAUAGCCUCAAUAACAUUGGUAUUAUUCUACGUAAUCAAGGAAAGUACGUUGAAGCUCUCGAUUGUUAUCAAAGAACAUUAAAAAUUGAAGAGAAAUUUUAUUCACCUGGUCAUGUCGAUAUAGCUAAAAGUCUUGCUAAUAUUGGUAACAUUCUUUUCGAUCAAGGAAAGUACGAAGAAGCUUUUGACUAUUAUCAACGAGCAUUGAAAAUUGAAGAAAGAUUCUAUCCAUCUGAUCAUGUCUAUAUUGCACAUAGUUUGAAUAAUAUUGGCAUUUGUUAUGAAAAUCAGAAUCAGCGAAAGAUGGCACUUGAUUAUUAUCACCAUGCAUUGGCUAUUUAUGAGAAGUUUCUUCCUGUCGAUCAUCCACGUCGACAGAAAACCGAGCACAAUAUUCGUCGACUUACUGAAAGAAAACACAGCCAUUAA